UGCCGGACAAGUACCGGAGUUCCCCCCGGCCUCGGGCAGCCGUGCAGACUGGAGCCGUCUCUGCCGCAGCCGGCCAGGGCUCAGCCAUGAAGCUCCUAGUGGCCUUGCUGGCCCUGCUGGCCCAAGGGUUCUCUCUGGAGAAUGGGCUGAUGAGGACACCCCCCAUGGGCUGGCUGGCCUGGGAACGCUACCGCUGCAACAUCGACUGCAAGGAGGACCCAGACAACUGCAUCAACGAGCACCUGUUCAUGGACAUGGCUGACCGGCUGGCAGAGGACGGCUGGAGGGACCUGGGCUACGACUACGUCAACAUCGAUGACUGCUGGAUGGCGAUGAAGCGGGACAAGGACGGGGUCCUGGUGCCCGACCCGGAGAGGUUCCCCAGCGGCAUCCGGGCCCUGGCAGACUACGUUCACUCGCGGGGUCUGAAGCUGGGCAUCUACGGAGACAUGGGCAGCAUGACCUGCAUGGGGUACCCGGGCACCACGUUGGCUGAGGUGGUCCUGGACGCCCAGACCUUCGCCAGCUGGGGAGUGGACAUGCUAAAGCUGGACGGCUGCUACUCGAGCAGCCUAGAACGUGCCAAGGGCUAUCCCGCUAUGGCCAAAGCCCUGAACGCCACCGGCCGCUCCAUCGGCUACUCCUGCAGCUGGCCGGCCUACGACGGGGGCCUCCCUCCCGAGGUGAACUACACCCUCCUGGCAGACAUCUGCAACCUGUGGCGCAACUUUGACGACAUCGAGGACUCGUGGCAGAGCGUCCUCUCCAUCGUGGACUGGUUCUCGGAGCACCAGGACGUGCUGCAGCCCAUGGCCGGCCCUGGGCACUGGAACGACCCCGACAUGCUACUUAUAGGGAACUACGGGCUGAGCUUUGAGCAGGCCAAGGCCCAGAUGGCCCUGUGGACGGUGCUGGCGGCUCCGCUCUUCAUGUCCACCGACCUCCGCACCAUCUCGCCGCAGAACGUGGACAUUCUGCAGAACAAACUCAUGAUCCGCAUCAACCAGGACCCCCUGGGCAUCCAGGGCCGCAGAGUCCUCCAGACCAAGCACCACAUCGAGGUGUUCGUGCGGCCCCUGGCCAAGGACGCCAGCGCCGUCGUCUUCUUCAGCCGCCGGACGGACAUGCCCUACCGCUACCGGACCUCGCUGGGGGCUCUCAACUUCACCGGGCACGCGCUCUACGAGGCCCAGGACGUCUACUCGGAGAACAUCAUCAGCGGCCUCAAGCACGACACCGACUUCACGGUGCUCAUCAACCCGUCGGGCGUCGUCAUGUGGCACGUGUACCCCAUCGUGGGCAAGGAAGGGCUCCCCUGGUUGUGAAGCCUCCUGGGAUUCUGACCGCCAGGACCGGGAUGCGGCGUCGCUGCUGGCCGGAGCCCAGGGCCUUCGCUCCUGCCCCGUCACUCCCUGGACUUGGGGCGCCCCCGGGGGCCUGGCCUGGCCCUCCUUCGUUCCCUUGGCCAGCUGGGCCCGGCGGGCCUUCCUGGCUCUGAAAGCUGGGCCUCUCUAGGCAGAUGGGAGGAUGGAGGGGGCGAGGGGCGGCGGCACCCAAAGCUCUCCCGGCGGUGCCCCGACCCUGCCCUGGCUGCCCCCGAGACCUUAAUAAAGCGACUCUUUAACAGAU